GGAUGCAGCCGCAGCUGUCUGUGGUUCCAAAAUGACCAAGCUGCAGCUACUGAACGCCUACCUGACGGAGCGGCUGACGGCGGUGGUGAAGGAGAUCCUGGACGUGGUGGAGGACACGGUGACGGAGUACCGGGAGGAGACCGCCAGGACCAAGCGGGAGAACGAGAGUCUGCGGAGGCAGCUGCGGGACAUCCUGCUGCUGGAGGCCGAGACGGAGUGGCUGAGGUCGACCAGGUCCCGUCUCGGUUUUGUGACUCCUGAGCAGCAGCCACACGAUCCAGAGCUGAGGCCCCGCUCAGAGGAGCCGGACUCCACCCUGAACCAGCCCAGACAGCCACCAGCCAACGCAGCCAAGCCGACACACGAGCAAGUUGUUUCUGUGCAGUUACUGUCGGUCCAGAGCGAGACGUCCCCGGGGCCCAUUCUCCUGUCAGGGGACCCGAAGCCCGCUGAAGCCUGGGAGCCGGUGCUAAAGCCCAACCUUCAGACGGAGGCGUCGACUCUUCCUUCUCACUCCUCCCUGAGUCCCGCCUCCGCCCCCAAAAUCCAAGUUGAGGUUCCGGCACUCAGAGAGGAGCCCCGGGCCCCGGCUCCUGCUCGGAUCAAAACCGAACCCGAGGAAUAUAAAGUGACAGAACCUGAAGGUCACACGGACUCUCCGACCGCACACGCGCAGGAAGAGUCGGGUUUCAGGAACAGAACAGACGCAGACAGGACGGCGCGUGCAGAGCUACACGAAGGAAACAGGAAGUCCUCUCAGGAGAAGCUGCCGGCUACGGCUGAUGGAGCGGCGGGCGGUUACAUCCCCGAGCUCGUCCAUCGCUGCCCCCGCUGCGGCGAGGCGUUCGGCCAGGCCAGCAGCCUCCGCCUCCACCUGGAGCAGAAAAGAAAGACCUACGCCUGCGAGUGGUGCUGCAAGUCCUUCGCGCAGUCGGCGGACCUGCGGCGCCACCUGCGAACGCACACGGGCGAGAGGCCGCACCGCUGCACCUUCUGCUCCAAGAGCUUCAGCCAGAGAGGAAACCUGCGGCGCCACCUGCGCAUCCACACGGGGGAGCGGCCGUACAGCUGCCCGUACUGCUGCCGCACCUUCAGCGACGGCGACACCAUGAAGAAGCACAAGCGCACGCAUUCCGGAGAGAAGCCGUACCGCUGCGUUCAGUGCGCCAAGACGUUCACCAGCGCCAGCGGCCUGCAGAUACACCUGAAGAAGGACAUGUGCUUUGUGGCCAACGCCUGAUUGGUCAGUUCAGGAGAGAGUGAGGCUGCAGAGAAGUCCUCAAGACAUCAGCAGCGGUGCUUAUUUUAAUAAAUGGAUGUGAGCGCCAGUGGUCGAUAGAUACAUACAUGUAUAAAUAUAUCGUUUCUCACGUGUGUUAAAUCUAAAGGUUUUCACCAGGAGUGUCACGAUUUCGACUUUAAAAAUCUGAAGUAGUCAGUUUUCUCUCCAUCGGCGCCUACGUGCGCGUCUGACGGGGGAAAGAAAGAACAGCACUUGAAAAUUGCCGUAGCCGCCGCCGGAGUCGGAGACGUAUCGCAGUUCUCUGACUUACAGUUAUGUGGCUGGUUCAGCGUUUCUGCUGGCAACGUUGAUCUGUGGUCAACGUUUCACACGACUCUGCUGGUAAGGAAGCGUGAGGACGCCGUAGAAACGUAGCACAAAACAGGAACUUCUUAUUUCUCUUCUCUGACAGUGAACACAACACGCAGCCUUUCAGUAACUGUGACGCUCAUCUAGCCACGUUACAGCUGACUCGAAUAUUUUAACUUCCCCUUAUAACAACAUGCACAUUUCUGUGACUGUUGGAGGAACUAAGUCUCUCCUCAAACACUGUGGUGAUAAAACGGGAAACUCUUGAACUUAACACACUUUUAACACCUUGUGACGGAGCGUGAAGAUCUUGUGAUAACACGCCAUGUUUGGCGGUGAUGCAGCCGCAUGUUGCUUCUGCAGAUCAGAUCAGCUGUCGAACCACAUACAGGCAGCCAAUGAGCGACGAGGACCGGAGGAAAGCUAAUUCACGUUCCUGCUGAGCGACUUUAAUGCACUUUGUGUUCGUCUGAACGUGACAGGAUGUGGUUUGCAGGCAGCUACACAUCAUCCAGGCCUUCGUAUUUAUUUAUGUAUUUAUUUUUACUUUCAAGGAGCCUCUCAGAGUGAGACUCAGAGGACUGAACACAGGAUUCAUCACAGAAAGAGACAAAGACACACGACAGCGAGGAGACGCUUCAGAGUCUUUGUAAACGGGGGAGGAAUUCAACUUUACACUUGGCGCUUGUCACCAUGUGAUACGGUUUAUUUUGUUAAAUGCUGUGUCCGAAGUCAAAGUUGAACCUCCACUCGGACUCAUGUUCCUGAUAAAGCUGUAAGACACACAGAAGCAGAGGGUUUUUGUUUUUACUCAGACUUUCUGUGGCGGUUUGAUAUAAAACACAAGAGUUUUAAACUUCAGCAUGUUUUUAAAGAGAAACCUGGACCUGCUGCUUCGCGGUCGGACGUGGAUCAGCAACAGACGUGGAGGUUUGUGGAGCAGCAAACAUCUGUUUUUGUCAGGCCUGUUUCCAGAUGAGAACUCCAGCACGGACAUCCUGAACUGAAGUGUUUUUAAUAAUCUGGUGACGACGUCGGAGCAGAGCGGCCGCUGCAAUACUGAAAACAGAAGAAUAUUAUUUAUUUUAAAGUAGAUUUUUAUCUGUGUUGUUAGGAGGUCUGAGUUUUGUCUGAUCUCACAUCUGGAAAUGUUCACACCUUUUUAGAGACAGCUGCUUGUGAAGCAUGAUGGGAAACGAUGGGUGUGAACGUGUCCGUCGAGCCUUUUCUGUGAGUAGCAGUAUUUUGUAUUGAUGUCAGACGACUUUUUUUUUUUUUUUUUUGGCAAAAUAAAUGUUCAGUCAGACAAAAUGAAAAAAAGUUGAUGGAUUUCUG